AUGACAAUCAUCACAAACUUCUCCAAACGUCGCUGGGUGAUGCUAAUUCUCUAUUUUGCUGUAAGCUUUAUUAAUGGAGUCACUUAUUGCGCUUUGGCUCCUGUUAAUGACCUCGCUGAAAAAUAUUACAAUGUUAGCACAGAUUUAGUGUCCCUGUUUGCAGUAAGUUUUCUAGUGAUGUAUCUGCCACUUGCUCCUCUUGCAUCUUGAGGACUUGGAAUUUCUUACUAUUGGUCAAUGACUGUAGCGUGAAUUUUUACCUUUAUAGGAUGCUGGAUAAAAUACUUGCUCCCCUCCCUGUGAGUGAACAAACCAUUAGGAAAAUCCCAAUAUUUUUGUAUAAAAAUGAUAAUUAGUAUAAUUAAUCUCUAGCUAAUUCUAUUGAAUUUUGUAGUUUGAAAACCCAUUUAUAUCGCUGAUGAGAUAUCAUAAAGAGGUAAAGCAGCAAUCUGACAAGUCAAAAUGGAAAUGAUGACUACCACUUUUCUGACAAUACAGACAAAUUUAUCUAUAGGCUUUGUUUGUCAAGUCAAGCAAGAACUCGCAAUGAAAAUAGCAUUUUUAAUUUUCAGACUAACUUUUGAUAUCGCUAAUUUCCCUCUUUAGGCAUUGUAGCAGAGCGAUUCGAGAAAUAUAUGUGUUAUAAACAGCUUAAAUUUUAAAAAAAAAUUAACUCCUCCAUGAAAAAAAAUGAUCCUCUAACAGAGAGGGGAGUUAGCAUUUGAUAAUUAUGCAUUUGCUUGUGUUGGCAUCUUUUUGAUAGCUUCUGUAAAUGCUCCUGUUUUAGCAGGCUGCUCACCUCUAGCAGUAAGGUGGUUUCCUAAAAAUGAAUGGGUUUUAGCUACAAGCAUAGGAAGUAUCAGCAAUUUUGUAGGGAUGGGAGCAUCUUUUAUUGCAAGUCCUUAUCUUAAUGAUAUGAAUAUGAUAAAUCUAUGGCAUGCAAUAUUUGCUAGCGUAUUUUUUCUAUUCCAUUUUAACUAAAAUCAUCUAUUUUUUAAAUAUACUUGUCUAGAUGCUAUUUUCUUAAAAAUCGAUAUACUGAAUAUAAUUUUCUCACAAAAAGAGCCAGGUUUCCAAAAAUCUGAAAGCUUAGUCGAAGGAUUCAAAAAAGCGUUAAAAAAUAAGAUGAUUAUGUGAAUCGUCCUAUGCUCCAGCUCAGGGAUUGGGGCAGGAUAUACAGUGAUUGCAAUUAUUUUUGUCAUUCUGGAGCCAGAUGGACUAAGCUCUGUAGAAGUGGGAUGAAUUGGGUUCGAUAUGGUUAUGAUGGGAAUGAUAGGAGGCUUAAUUGCCACCUAUUUGGUAGCAAAUUACCUUUCUAUUACUAAGCCAUUAAGAAUAUUCUUAAUUGGGUCAAUUUUAUCUACAGUUGUUUGGGCUUUUAUCAGAGCCAUUUUUCCACUCUCCAUAAGUGGGGCUGGAUUUCUUGGCGCUAUGCUAAUCGGCCAUUUGCCUUUAGGCAUAAGUGCAGCUGUCAUAGAAGAUAGAAGCAUCGAAGAAUCAAUUACCACAAAUAUGAUAUUUUUCAUGGCCAAUUUAUUAGGGACCAUUUAUACUUACCCUGUACAGUAUUUUUAUGAGCUCACAAAUUUAACUGGACUAUGGGCGAUUUCAGCUUUGGUGCUGAUUAGUUUUCUUCCACUCAUUUUUAUAUAUCGCCAACCUAUAGACGAUGAUAAAGCCAGCAUAAAGCCAACAGAAAUUUUAUUAAAAGAUUAA